AAUAGCUUCCUCUGUCUAUCUUAACCCUCAAGGAGGAACCAGAAACAAAGGGUGGAGUCACUUAGUUUAGUUAUUAUUCUGUUCAAAUCACCUUAAGCUUGAAGAAAGAAAGAGAAGAGAAAUUGGAGGAACUGCUGCCUUGCCCUUGGGACAUCUUCAGGAUGGAUAAUUAUGAUACAUCUGACUUGAAUGAAGCUGAGGACACUGAGCUAAAGAUAAUGAAGAAGCACCAGAAAGACUUUCUGGAAGACAUUCAGAAAAUAAAUCAAGAGAUUGCUGAAAUAUUACUGGAGAUUGAUCAUUUCCAGCAAGCACAAUCAUGCAAACGUAUUCAGAGGGAUAAGAACUUGAGCAUUGGACGGAAGAAAUUUAAUAUGGAUCCUGAUAAGGGUAUUCAAUAUCUGGUUGAGCACAAGGUACUCUCCUUGGAUGCACAAGAAGUUGCCAAAUUUCUUUACCAGGGAGAAGGACUCAAUAAAACAGCCAUAGGAGAUUACCUGGGGCAAAGGGAUCCACUGAAUCUCCAGAUACUGCAGGCUUUUGUAGAAUGCCACCAGUUUGCCAAUCUCAAUCUUGUGCAAGCACUACGGUGA